GAGAGAAAUAGAGAGAGACAGAGACAGAGAGACUGAGAGAGACAGUCGGGAAAGGAAGAGAUUUCUGAUUUUACUGUGCUCUCUGAGUUCUCUGUUUUCUCUUUGAGAUCCUUUUUGGUUUGCUAAUGGCACUCAGAAUGUGAUCUAUGGUGCCACUCAGACUAACACUGAUACAAUUGAGCUCUGCUUUCUCCCUCUUGUUCAUGCCAUUGAUUAUUGCCUCUUCUCUUAUGCUGGGUAUUGAUCGGAUAUGUCUUAAAGAACUGAGCUAUAUCAUUUUAUCAUUAAGCAGGCUCCAAGUGUUCAUAUAGAUUGAGCUUCUUGCCCUUUUAAUUGAGUUAGUUAUGUCCAUCUUUUGUCGUAUUGCAGAGUAAUUAGAGAGAGGAGUCGGUGUGAAGAACCCCAGAGAAGCGAGGUUCUGUAAAAUUUUUCUCUGUCUUUUAGGUAGCAGCCAAGAGAAAUACAGACAGUCCAUCCUAGAUAGAAGUAUUUAGUUGUUAUUUAGGCAGCAGUAGAGUAGAACCUGGGAUUUUUGCCAUCUUCAUACAGAAAAAUCCAAGCAUGGAAACCUGUUCAGCUUGUCUGUAGGCAAUCAGGAAGAACGUCCCUUCUUUGAGAAGCCCUGUCUUGUUGAAGUUGUCCAAUUUACUUUCCUGUCUGUUAUUAGACAUGUGUAAAAAUAACAAGAUAGCUCUCAAAGAGGAAGACGGUGUGAAAUUUAAAAAGAGGGAAAGUAACAAGUUGGAAUUAAAGAAUUAAAGAGAUUUAUUUUCUCCUUUUCUUUAAACUCUUUGCAAAAUUAAUGAAUAGGAACUUGUUGUGUUUUUUGGAGCAGAUGAUUGAUGCCUUUCCUUUAAACUGGUAACAUUUUCCCACAAUUUUGAGCAAUCCAUACAUUCUAUGAAAAAAAUAUAUAUUUAGAGUGAGCUAGUGGUAUAAAGGUCCUCCUAAUGAAUGGUACCAUGUGUUUCAUCAGUCUUCCUGGCUCCCACCCAUGGAAAAGUUUUUAUUUCUCAUCAGCUCCACAGUGGGAGUUAAACAAAUAACUUUAAGUUAAAGGAAAGUUUUCUAGCCAAUAGUGAUAAUAUCAGUGCUUUAAAGAAAAUCAGAAUGAUAAAUCAGAAUAAAAUUUUAUUAGAUGAUGGUGGUAAAGUGAAAGUGUUGAAAUGUUGUUGCUUAAAAUGUAAAUUACAUGCAUCAUAAAAGUUUUAUGAUUAUUCCAACAUGUUGACAAAACUUAAGUAGAGAAAAUUCCUUUUAGUGAUACUAGGGUACUUAUUUUUUAAAGUCUAUUUGUUUAAAAAAAUCCAAUAAUCCAGAAAUUUUAUCUAUUUCUAAUUUUUUGAUAGACAUCCAUUUUAGUCUCCAUAUCCCUAAUAAAUAUGUGUCUAGUAUACAGUAGGAACUUAAUAAAUGUUUAAUGAAUUAAAUUCAUAUAAAAUCAAAUAAAGCUGAAUAUUUUUUCUCUCAAAGCCUUUUUCACUUUGGUACCUUGGUAAUGAAAGUAUGAUCCAUGGCUGUGGUGACUUAAUUAAGCACCAUUCAUUUUAGGACUCCUUCUUUAUAUUAAAAACAGAGAUUAAGAACAUAUUAAGGCCUUUUGAAACUUCUAUGCUUGGAGGAUAAAUUUUUUCUUUAAAUGAAAUGAUUCCUACUUUUUGUCACUGACAUGAAGGAUAAACAAAUGUAGGUAAACCGUGACCAGAGAAGGUGUUUAAUUUUGAUGAUACAUAGGAAUAAUGAGUGGACCUGGAGAGUAGUCAUUUAAGCAUUUCCUUUUCAAAAUCAAUAUCAUUGUUUAUUUGAUUACUGUUCCCAGAAUAAUACAUGGAGCAUCGUGAGAUACUCCCAUGAUGAUAGCACAGGAAGGAAAAUAUCUAUAGGUAUAGUAGACUGCUAUAUAGAGUUUCACUUAUACAGUUACAAACAAAGAUGCUUCUGGACCAGGAUGAAAUUUCCUAGUUGGGUAGAUUAAGUUUGACUCGUGCUGUGUCCUGAGAUACACAAGUUUUGGCCAAAGUAGCUCUGGAAACGGGAUGAUGGUUGGCAAUAAUGACAGAAAAAUGACAAGACUGAAAAAUGGCAGGACAGGCUGGGUAGAUGGAUCGAUGGAAUGGCAGCCAUUAGAGGGAAAGUUGGUGGGAAUAUUCCAAUUUGAAAAUGUGGCAGCUCAGUGUUUAAGUCAAAGGACAGAUGAGAGAAAGCAGGAAUGGCAGUGGUUUGCUAGAGAUUCCCUUCUUUUAGAACUUUUCAUUAUUAAGGUAGUCACAGAAAAAUCUCCUUUGUUUUCCACCAGCGAUUCAAUAAUAUUUAUUGGGUCUACAGUUUAUACAGGGCCACUCCUAACGUCCUAUUGAGAAUGUAAUGGAGUGAUUUGGAAGGUUCUAGUCCAUAUUGCAAAGGAGGAAUUUUUUUUUGGUUUAAAUUUCCUGAUUGCUAGGGCAUAUUCAUCUAUUCAUCGUGGUUGUUCAUUUGAUAUUCACCUCUUUUCCUGGGUUAUGAUAGCAUCAUCUAGGAAGCUUCCUGGAUCAUAGACCCUCAUAUAUAACUAACUUUGAGUGAAUUAUUCACAGUGCUACCAGAAAAAUAAACAACUCUUUCAUCAGCUUAGUAAUUUCUUAUUAAUAUGCAUAGAUGCGAUGGAACCACUUUCUUCAUUCCUUCAUUUCCCAUAGGACCCCUUAAGCAAAAAUUGUUUUUCUGUACAUUUUACACUUUAAAGAUACAACUUCCUGCUCAUUAAUAACAAGAUGGCUCUUUUCCAUCUAUUGCAUUUCUUCUAUUUUGUUGACAUCUCCACUUUGCCUCAUAAUUAUAGGAAACCAGCUGUUGUAUAAGACCAGAAUAUGCCGAGUUAUAUUUUAGUUUGUCAAUUAAAUUGGCUUGGGAAUGCUUAGCUCUUAAAACACAACUACUGAAUGAGGCAGAUUUGAUAUUUUACUUUUUAAAAUUAAUUAUUUAAAAUAAGAUUAAUCAAAAGAUUGCAUGUAAUAGUAGUGGACCAAUCUCCAGUUAUCAGACUGAUAUGGGAUGACAUGAAAACAUCUUACAUUUGAGGAUUUGGAUGGACCCUUUACAUAUUUUAACUAAUUUUGUCCUCAUAAAAUAUUUAUUAUAAAUUUUUUCCAAAUAAGUUUUUUUUAUCAUACACAACAUAGAAAAAGAAGUAGCUGUGUUUCCUUAUUAAUUCCGAGUUACAUCUUUUAGUUUUUGAAUUCUAAAGGUCAGGUAUAGGAAACUCCUUGUAGGAAAAUGCUACACUUUUGGAAUUGAUCUUCUGCAGUGGCAUCAGAACUGUCCUUUGUCCUGUAAACUUUUAUUUAUAAACAUUGAUCCAUGAAACCAUCCCAGCAGCAUGAAGUACAUUUCCUUGGGGAGGUCAGGAACAGGUUCUAAUGUUAUCAUAAACAGGAAAGAUUAGCAAUCAACCUUUGCUGCAGUAUUUGAUGCCUGUGUGCCUGAGUCAAGCAAUUUUCCAGACUGUUACCAGUACAAAGGAAAGGGCUUCUAAGGAGGUCACUCUCAGUAUUAGCAGAAAAACAUUGUCUUCUUAGGUUCUCUCUUAUACAAAAACAAGUCAUUCAGUGGAGGAAAUGGCUAGUUGUAGUAAUUCUUAAAGGAUGUGCCAGCUUCAAAGGUAAACUUCUAUAACAAGAUUCUCAUGUAUCUCCCCAUUAUGUGGAAAGUCCUCAGAUGGCAAGAAAUUCUGCAAGGGUUACUGGCUUUCAUUUGGAUCUCCAUGCAACGUUGUUUUAGAUGUCUUUUUCUCAGGCUCUGUCUUAUUUUCAUUACAACGGAUACCAAGGAUAGCCCAGAAAGUGAUCUUAUUCUGAUUUCUCAGAGAGCAACUAAAAGUUAUUUUUAUUUUAACACGUGCUUUGAAGUCUAAUCUGAAUGAAAAGGGAUUGGUUGAUUGACCAAAGAAAAAUCACUUGGUGGUUUUCAUCAGUCUAUUCUAACUGGCUUGAAAGGAUCCCCUGCUCACCAGGUCCUAUUCUUUUCCUGAACCAGUGCUUAGAGUGUGUGAUGACCUUGGCCACUGGCUUACCAUCAUUACACAGAUCUUUGGACGAAUAGUCUGUAAUUCUUUUUUUUUUAAGCAAUGACUUACUCUUGGGCCAGUCAUAACUAUGAGAGCAGCAUCUAUAUUGAAUGUUUGAAAUGAGACAUUCUUUGAACAUCAUCCUAGUGAGACACUCAAAGGAUGGACUUAAUAAGGUAACAUUUACAGGAAAUAAUGUUGAAGCCUACACUUAAAAGCAGCCCUUGCACAACUACAAUUUGAAGGACAUACGGUGAUAGUAAAGCUCUCUGGGUUUAGUGGACUGUGAACUCAAUAGACAUUAAUAGUCAGAUAUAGCAGCUAAGUCUAGAUAAUGUGUGGAUGGCCUUUAAAAUCCUUAAAAAUGACAUCCAUUUUCCUUAUUAUUUAUAAAAUAGACAUGAUUUUAGGCUGCAUUCACAUGGGAGUGGUCACAGAUGCUUUGAUCUCUCCCCAUCCAUUCAAAUAUACAUAUAUGCAUUUUUUGAAUUUCAAGUGUCAUGUUUUGGGAAAGACAUCAUCAAAUUGAAAAACAUUUUCAGGAGUUAAACUAGGAUGGAGCUAUGGAUAGUGCUAGAUUUAUCAUCUAGCAUGCUUAGGGUCAAGGAAGUGUGUUUCUUGCCUUUACGUGUUGCAAGAACUUCAUUUUAUCACAUGUAUUCUUGGUUGGCUUCACAGGACAAUUUAGAAAUCUGGAGGUUGCAAUCACAGGGAGGCAGAAAUUUGCCUGGUAGAAGGAAAACUUACUAAAAUUUGAAAUUUUCCACAAGUACUAAUUGUUUCUGGUGAUAUGCAACUCUUUCAUUGGAAGUUUAGAUGAAAUAAAAUAAAUAAGAAAUAAAGUUAAGUUCAAAUAAAUCAGUUUUUUAGACAUAUUGUAGAGUAGGAAGAUUCCUGUUCAUAUAACGAUUAUACUAGAUUAUAUCUAAAGCAUCUUCCAAUUGUGAUUUUUUUGUGAUUUAUAUGUCUAAUUCUAUUUCUUCUAUUGAGUGAUGGUAAUAAGAUUGUUUUCUCAUUUCUGCUCUUCUGCUUUGGAACCAACAUUAUAGGAAAGUAAGAGGUUUUUUUUUUUUAAUUUUAAUGGAGUCCAAGGGGACUCUUGUUCAUGUUUUUAAGAGAUGGAAAUUUUCAUCGGUUUCCGGGUUAGCCAGUAGCAUUUUCUUGAAUUAUAGUCUUAGUCACCAGGAUAUGGAAGAUCAGAGAUCUUCCUAUUCAAUGCCCUCCAAAGAAACUCAAGCCUAAGGAUGUCCAAUGAAAUUAUCGUAAAAUCACUCAUUGUUGUUUUAAUUUUGAGACAUAUUUUCUUCAAUGAAAGGUAAGAGAAAUGGUCCUGAUCAUCUCUGAGAUCCUUUAAAUCUCCUUUAAUUUACCCAUUAAGAUCUAUUUUUUAAUAACAAAAUUAUAGGAGUCUAUGGUGUAAUAGGUUCUACUUCUUUUUUAACCUAAUUAAUUAUGAGUAUUUGAUGGAAUGGCCUGACUGAAUUUCAUGAUCAGUCUACAUAAAACCAGGCUUUAACUCAUUAUCUCUAGCUCUCUUUCUUUGAUAGUCUUUUAUUGUUUUUCUCUAGUUGGUUUAGGAAAAGCACUAAACCAUCUGAUGUAGAUGCACAGAUAUCUGCUCUCCCUUUCAACAAGGGCUGUCAAAACAUUGACAUCUUUUAGCUGGUCCAAAAGAAUAUUAAGAGAUUGCAGAACUCUGAAAAUGUUAUGAAAAAUAUGGUGAACUGCUAGACUCAUGAUCACUGAGCCUGAAGGGCUAAGAAAUUGUCUGGCUCCAUUGGCUGCAUAGGAACAGAGUUUAGCUACCAGACUAUUGCACUUGGAGUCAUAAAGGCCUGGGUUCUAGUCCUGCCUUGGACAUUUAAUAAUUAUUUUCUCCUGGGAAAGACACUUAACCUCUUUCUGUGCCUCAGUUUCCUCAGCUCUAAUCUGAGGGUGUUGCACUAAUUUCUAAGUCCUUUUCUAGUUCUUGCAGAGUUGGAAUUUACAGAGUAGGAUUCUGAUACCUAGACAGAAGUGGCUUACCCAAAGUCAUGCAGAAAGGUAGUGUCAAAAGUCCCUUGCUUCCCACUCUAUUGAUUGACCACUAAAUCUCACUAAUUCCUAGCUAACUGAACACUGGUAUAGUAUUUGCACUGUAAUUUAUUUCCUCAAUCUGAUAGUCCAGGGCAGCACAUACGUGUGUUUUUGUUUUUUUUUUUUAAACCCCUACCUUCUGUCUUGGAGUCAAUACUAAGUAUUGGUUCCAAGGCAGAAGAGUGGUAAGGGCUAGACGAUGGGCGUCAAGUGACUUGCCCAGGGUCACACAGUUGGGAAAUGUCUGAGGCAAGAUUUGAAUUCAGGACAUCCUGUCUCUAGGCCUGGCUUUCAAUCCACUGAGCCACGCAGCUGGCCCCUCAUUUUCUUUUGUUAGAAGAGAUAUGUCAUCGGGUAGACAGAAGGAACUGUUCAAAAAUUAUAAUGAAAUAGCAAGAUAUCACAUGCAAAAAAUCAUCUUUGUCUUUGAGGCUCGUCUCAGGAUGUUGCAAAGUUAAGGGGCUUGCCUAUAAUCACAUAGCUGCUCUGUGUCCGGGGCCAGAGUUAACCCCAGCUCAUAACUUCAGUGUCUCAAUAACACUCUGCUUUUAAGAUCCGGCCAGUUUAGUUAAACUCCUCUGACACCAUGCUGGCCUUUCUGACAUUAUGCCUCUGAAGCACUGACGUCUUUUUCGCACUAUAGUGUGUGUGAAUUAGAUUCUGAGGGCAGCCCAUGUGAAACUGAUUGAUGGCAGUGAACCCUCAAUGCCACAUGACAGAACAACAAGGCGAAGGUCCCAGUGACAUGGUUCACAUCUAUUAGACCAGGUUAGUUAUUCUGUGCCCAGUUCAGACAUUUUAUUGAAGAAUCAGCUGCCUUUCACUGAAAGGAGCCCUUGUUUUUUGAGAGUAUCAUAAAACAAGAUAAUACUACUAGAUAACAGUGUUUUGGGGGGAUUUCACUGAGAAUAGGCAGAGGGAUACUAAUUAGCAUUUGGUGUUUGUUAUGAAAGGUAAGCUCUUGGGAGGUGGACAAAAGCUGCAGUGAUGGUUUCUGUUAUUGUGAGCACAGUAAUAACCACUAGAAAAACAAGAAGAACUUGAGCUCUUUGUAGGGAAUUUCCCCAUCCCCCACCCUUUCUCAUCACGGUUUAAUUUCUUAAAUCUCAGCAUAUUUUGAAUUCGGUUGCAAUCUGAGUUUUGUUUCCCUAAAUGGAAUUGCUUCUGAAGUUGCUAAAAUAAAUACAACCUAAAGUCUUGCCAUCACAUUUUUUAAAAAUUGCCUAAUAAGAGAUCUGGAAAAGAAACUCUUUCAAUUAUGUAAAAUACCACCUACUCUCAUCACAUAGUUAGUACAAGGGGCAUGAAUAAGUCAGUAGCUAGUAGGGAUAACACUGUUAUCCACUUUGGAUAGGAUCAUCUUCAGGGAGGAUUGAACCUCGUCUUGUGCUGCAGUAAUUAGAGAGCUGGUAAUAAAGUCUCUGCCACUCACUUCAGCACUAAGAAUCACUGCUCAAUGAGCCAUCCUGAAUGAUAUCUGCUAACUGUUUGUAACAGCCUUCUGCUCGUAGAGGAAACCGGGCUAUUGCGUUCCUUUAAAAUGUUCAUGCUUUGUUAAGGAUGAAAUGGAUUUCCAAGGAAGAGAGGGAUUUAGCAAUAAUCAUGGAGAAAUUGCUGCCUGGGUGAACUCCCCUCAGGCCCACAGUCAUAGUUAUUAUCAUUUUGAUCAAUGAGCCUCACUGAAGGGAAAAUCCCAGAAGCCUUUAAGCAUCCCCACCAAGUAGCCCUUCAUGAUUUUUUUUUGUACCAUUCUGCAUUGUUUUACUAUGAGAUUAAGAGUUAUAUUUCAUGGUCACCCAAAUCCUGUAAAUUAGGAAAUAGUGACUUUAGAUAUCUGAAGAAAAGAAGCAGUCACACCCGAUUGAAACUUCUUUGUCCAUUUGUGUUUGCCAGUUAGGGUGGUAGCAGAAAACACAGACUCAUUUGUUGGGCAGUUAUCACUAUCUCCCCCCCCCCAUCACAUAUGCCUGGAAACUCAAUUCAAAAGUGUACCCUUUUCUAAUAGGUUAUUCUUUCUUUUGGAAAAAUAUCAUUAAUGAGAUUCACUCUUGGACCAAAGUAAGCCAUAUUUUUAGCCAACAGUGAGAGCCAAGAAAUAACUAAAACAAUGCUCUUUAAUAAGUUGUGAUAAAGCCCCUAUGAGGUGCUUGGGAUUGGGAUCCUUCCCUGCUGAGGAUAUAAAAACAACAUAAAAAUCAGUUAUUGUCCUCAAGGAGCUUCCAUUCCACGAGUGGGCUACAACAAGAAUAAAACUCUCUAAUCACAGUAUGUGUAAAAUUAUGUAUAAAGUCAUUAAAAGUGUGGACUUAGUCCUGUGAAUAGAUCAAUUUAGUUUUAACAGGAUUCAGAGAGGAGAGUGAUUUCUGAGGGUUGGCACAUGAGGACUUCAGGUGGCCAAUUAAAAAAAUAUGCCUUGCAUCAUGUCACUUUUCUAAUGAAGGUUUAUUAGUAGUAAAAAGAAAAGAAAGAAUGCCACUCUUGAAUUGACACCAUGGGCCAUGCCAAAAGAGAAUAUUCUGUUUUGUAAUUAUUAGCUUGCAACUGUUUCUUCAACCCUUUUGUCACUUCAGUACCCUUCAAUUCUAGCAACAUCAUUAAGUGUCUCAUGUAUGUAUGCCCCUAUACUCCAUCCUGGUAUUGUUAAGUGCUUAGGAAAAUAGUAAAUUUAGAAAACAGAUCCCCGUUUUCCUCAGCUAGGAAGAACAAAUAAGUUUUCAUCGAUAAUAGUAAUUAAAAAAUAACAAGUGAAAAAUUUACUAAAGGGAUAUAAAACAAAAUUAUGUGCAAAGUCAUCAAUCGAGAUCCAGAGGGAUGAGGGAAGGCUUCUGGGAAGAAAUGCAAUAGGGGCUGAGCUUUAAAGACUGUUUUAGAAUCAUGGGUGGACAUAGGGAUGAAGUACAUUCUAGGUAUGGUCAUAAGGUUCUUAUUCCAAAUUGAGGAGACUAGAUUUACACAGGAAAGGAUCAAUGUCUAAGAUUAUACAGCUGUCCAUUGCUUUAUUGACAGAUAUAAUAAAGUACUAUGUGAUGACAUCCAAACAGUUAAAGAAGAGGCAGGAACAAAGGGAGAAGAAUUGAUUAGGAAAAAGCUUCUCUCCCCAAAUUCUAGUAGGACAAUAAUGACUUCCUUGUCCAAAGAUGUGUUCAGAUCAAUGCUGCUGAUUAUCUCUGCAGGGUGUUUUAAGAGAUUCCUCCAUUUGGAGAGUGAUUAUCCUAGUUGCUCAACUAGGAGAUUCUUUCUAGUACUUGACCUGUGACACCCAGGUUAGGAGGCCAUCUCAGAAUGGGAUGAGCAUCUUUGCCUCCAAUAUUACAAAUUCACUAGAUGUUUUCCUUCUGAUUUCUUUCCACGGUAUAGUUGAAAAUGUUUGAUUUGGAGUCAGAGGAUGUGAGCUGCCAUCCUGACCCUAUUAUUUAUUUGUACUGUGACCUCCAACUAGUCUCUCUCCAUCACAGAACUGCCUAGGAUUUUCGAGUUUGGAAAGGGUUUUCAGUGACCAUCCUAUCCUUGAAAAGGCAUGUCUGAGAAGUAGCUGUUCAGCUUUUACCAGACAAUCUCUAGGGAGAGCAAACUUUUCUGAGGCAGACUAUACAUUUUGGACAACUCUAUUGUUAAAAAAGUUUUUCCUUAUAUUAAACCUAAAUUAUCUCCUUCGUAAACUAUAAAUCCAAGUUCUACCUUCUGAGGCAAAGAAGACCAAGUAUAUUUCCUCUUGUAAAUUAUAGUCUUUCAUAUACAUGAAUAUAGAUAUCAUCUUCCCUCUGCUACAUCUCUUGGCCUCAGUUUACCUAUCAAUAAAAUUAAGAGGUUGGACAAAAUGACUUCUAAUGUUCCUCCCACAUGUAAAAUCUAUCAUUCUAUGGCAUGUAAAAUUUCAAUCUUUCAGAGAAAACAUUGAAUGAACAAAAAAUUGUCAUACCGAUACAGAUUAAUUAUUUGUCCAGUAUGUUAUUAUCUUUUGCAUUAAUACAAUGGACACCUUUUAUUUUGUUUUUUCACAAGCCUUGAUUUUACUCCCACAUAUCACUUAAAAAAUGUCAUCUCUAUCUGCUGUCCUCAGCCCCGUACCCAAACCCUUCUUUUCCCUAAUAAAAUUAUAGUAUUUUGAAAGAGAUCUAACUGAGGUUCAGAAACGAUAAAUACUUUUCCUGAAAUCAUACAGUUGUAUAUUUAAGAUUAUGCUCUCUUUCUCCCAAUCCAAGACUCUUCAUAGCAUACUACCAGAAAGGCAUAAUAAUACAUCUCUGGCAUAAUUUGUAGCAAAAGAGGAAGUUCUUUUUUCCUUAGAAGAAUUAAGAGGAAGAGAGGAUAAUGAGGGAAGCCCUCCCUCUCACCCAGUCUCUUCUAAAAAUGCCCCUGAUCCCCUCAUUGGUAUCAUGUCUUAUUUUAGUGAAAGUUAAUAAUCUGAAAUCAUUUUACUUUCAUGAAAGGUGACAGGGUAUCUUUAAAAAGGAAAUUGACAAGUGAAGACUCAUUCUCAACAUUCAUAUUUUUCUGUUUUUUCCUUGGAAAAGUUUUGAAUUUUAUAACUUUCCAGUGACCCUUCCACCCAAUAUCUCUAGAGUUUGCCAUGUAUUUGUAAGUGGCUGAACUACUUCAUGAUUUUCCUUUUUCUAAAAUACUUUGGUAGAUAAUGGAUAUGAAUGAAUUUUGAGUUCUUCCCUAGAAAGUUAUUAUAGAAACAUGGGUGAUGAUUUAAAUGAUUAUCUCAUUGCUUUGCAUGUUCAUGAUGCAUAUUACAGAAAAAAUAAAUAUCAUUCUUUUCAUUUUUCCAACUUAAAAAUAUUUGAGCUAUUUAUAGUCUUUCUCAUCUCCCAUGUCCAAGAAAUUGAAAAUGCUCACUGGGUUCAUAUCAAGAGAGAUUUGAACGUAAAAUUUGAAAACAGAGAAUAUGCUUGGAAAAAGUUGAUAAUUAUAUUGAAAAAAUUUUUGUUUGUCCCUAUAUAUGAAUUGUGUAAUAGUCCAAGAGGUCAAUUGAAAGGGCAUUUCAUAAUAUAAAAUUGGAGACCUGAAUCAAGACCUAUUUUCAUCUAUAACUGAACUCUUCAUCGGGGAAUGGGAAUGCUGAGUUCUUAUACAUGACGUAUCUAGCAGCCCCACGUUUUAGGCCCAACUUGAUUUGUCAGGCAACAAAUGCACACUUAUAUUGUUCCAGUGGAAACAAGGCAUGGCAUUUUGACUUGGCAUGAUUGUACUCUCUUAAGAAUACAGGAAUUGAACCCAAAAAAGUCUGCAAAUAAACACAGGCUUUUUUAGAUUGCUGAAAAUAGAAAAAAAGUAACAGAAAUGAAUGAGAUGGAAGGAAAAUUCCUCAAGAAGAUGCUGAAAAGUCAAUGUUACUCAACCCCCAAAGAACAUCAGGGGAAAAACUGACUUAGUGGAAUAACAGGAAGAUUAGUCACUUCUGGAAGACAAGAAACCAAAAAAAAAAAAAAGGAAGAAGUAUUUAAAACAGGAAUGUGGAAUUGGAAGUGUGAGUGCGGAAAGAAAGAGAUGAGCUAAUAGGGCGAACUGCACAGGGCUAAAAACAGAAUAUGACUGUCCAGAUGAAACAGCAAAAUAGAAAGUUUAUGGAAGGAAGAGACAGAAAGAAAACUAGAGGAAGCCUGUCAGUGUGGAUUCAGAAGAGGCUGAAAAAAUAAAGGAUGGACGUGCUUGGCUUGAGUCAAACCUGUUAAAAUGUGGAAAAUGGAAAAGCAUUUCCCUCAAAACAAGUUAAAUCUUCAACCAUUUUUAUGUAUUGAAAAGUAAAGUUAUUGACUCAAAUAUCUUGAAGUAGGUGUGAUGUACCAUGAAACAGUGAAGCAUGUUGGGAUUGAAAAUGAUGAAUCAUAUAUUUUCCUCAGCACUACAGAGAGUGUUACAUCUUCCUCCCCACCACCCCCUCCACUCCCACUCGAAUUUUCAUGAGUAUUUCUACAAUAUCAUAGUUUUUCCUCUUGGUAAUUUAUAGAAAUCUUUAAGAGGAAAAUAAUUAACUAUUCAGGCUAAUACUAAUUGAAUUACAUUUUUUAUCUUUUCCCCUCAUGUCUUUGUUUUAUUUUAUUUUUCUGGGGGAAGUUAUUGGGGAUUUUUAUGAAGUUAAAAAUAUAUGCCCUGUAUGAUUUGACACAUAGUAUGUGGAAUUAGAGGAGGCAAAAGGGUGUCAUAGGGAGACGGCUCAGUUCAAGUCUUGUUUCUGACCCAUACUGGCUUUGUGUGACCUUGGCUCAGUCAUUAAUCCUUGAAUGUCACAGGUCAUUCUCUAAGAUUAUAAAUGGCAGAAACGUUUCUUAUCUGCCUUUGUGGAAGGCACUUUUAUAUGAAAAGUUUUCCAUAUUGCAGAAGUCAUAUAUACCAGCUAUUGGUCACCAUCACAGACCAUCAUCAGAGAUAUAGAGCUGUAGGACUUUAUUGUUUGUAAAUGCCCAUGUCUCAUUUUGGAGAUGGAGAAACUGAGAGCCAGAGAAGGAGGUCAGUGACUUACUCUGGUUCAUAGAGUUUUUGGACUAGAAACUCAGUUUGUUGACUUCCACAUAGAGUGCUCCUUCCUCUGACCCGCCAUAUUUGAGGAGUUCCAGAGAUGGACGCUCUUGAUUGCACUUUGCCAUGUUAAAAAAAAUGAAGACAUAUGAAACUCUGAUUAUAUCUCUAACAGAAUUAAUGAGCAGGAGAUAGUUCUUCCCUGGUACACACUUUUAAAACAGCUAGUUGUAUGCAUGAAAGUUGUCCCUUCAGAGUAAGAGGGAAAAGAACUCUCAACAUUCAAUCAAAUAAUUUUGCUAUAGGAGAAAAAGUUGUGAAGUACAAAUAUAAAUAUAGGUAUAUAAAACAAUUUUAAUAUAUGUAUAUAUGCAUACAUGUUUAUAAAUGUAUAUGUAUGUAUACAUAUAUUUAAUGAGUCUAUUUAUCACAUAUGUGUACAUAUACAUGUGUAUCCAUAUAUACAUACUUAACAUUUGUAUAUCUAUAUACUUAUAUGAAAUACUGCAUUUCUUGUAAAAUGAACUAACUUGAAUUGAUUUGUUAGAAAUUCCAAAUAUUAAAAUGUAAAAUAAAAAAGAAAACAGCUUUUCUUUAGGAAUCUUAAGUCUUGCUCUUGCUUGACUAUAAUUUGCUACCCUUUCUGUUUCAUUAAAGAUUCAAAAUGGCCCCAUAUGAGAAUGUUUUGGCUUGUCCCUGGCCUUUAGGAUGGUCAGUUUGGUUGUGUGUCUAAAGUAAGCUUUGUAUCCCCAGAUGAUCUCCAAUGUGAAGACAUUCCAUUUUCAGAAGCUCAUUUGUACUUUCUAAAGAAGUGAUUACCAAGAUCUCUUGUCUCUGGAGUUUGUUUGGAUAUUAAUGUUUUAUUUUCUCCCCAACUAGAAAGUAAUUUAUUGCCUCCAAUGUUUUUUGUUUUGGAAAGAAUUGUUUAUCAAGUUACUUUCACACUCAGUUUUUUAUUUGAAAAUAUCAAGUUAUGAAUCUUGAAUGACUCAUCAAUUUAUAAUAAGCCUUUAGGGCCUUUUACUUUCAGGUCACCAGUUCGGAUGUGGUGUGAGUCAGGCAAACAACUGGGAACAAUUACUAGGAUCAUAGUUAUAGGGCUGGUAAGAACUUCAGAAGCCAACAGAUUGGUGACAGUUCACCUUAUCUUUUGUGGAUCUAGAGCUCCACCUCAUUUUCUAGUCAUCUCCACUCUAUUAGGCUGCUUGCUCACAUCCUUUCCCUUCCCAGAUCCUUUGAUAUGUUGUCAUCUUCUAUUAGAAUGUAGGCUCCAGAGGACAGGGACUGUCUUGCUUGCUUCCAUUUGAAUGUUCUUCACUUAUCACUGGGCCUGACUCAAAGAGCACAUAGUGAACCCCCAAUAAAUACCUUUCUCUCUUUCUCUUUUUCUCUCUGUCUCUAAUUCUCCUUCUCUGUCUUCUUCUCUGUCUCCUUUGUCUUUGUCUCACUGUAUUUGCCUGCCUUUCUGUCUGUCUCUCUGUCUCUCUCCACUUAUUUCAACCUAUCAUAUCUAUCUAUCUAGUCCUAUCAUGAAGUCUGUCUUGUAAUUCCUACUAUCUAUGCAUCUUGUCCUACCAUCUGUUCAUCUAACUAUCAGGCUAUUUAUCUAUCUAGACCAAGUCUUGAGUCAUUGAGUCCAAGGAGGUUGUGAUUUGCCCAACAUCUCACAGGUCUUCCAAAUAUAUGUGGUCCAAUUUGGUGUCCUUGAAGUCAGAGUCCCUGCUCUUCCCAUCAUAUUGUUAUUUAGUUGUUUCUGUUGUGUUCUACUCUUUGUUUCCUCAUCUGGGGUUUUCUCAGAAAAGUUCCUGAAGUAGUUUGCCAUUUCCUUCUCCUGCCCAUGUUACAGAUGAGGAAACUGAGGUCAGCAGGUUUAAUAAGUGACUUGUCCAGGAUGCCAUAGUUAGUAUCUGAGACUGGAUUCAAUCUGAGAGAGAUGAAACUUCCUGACUUCAGGUCCAGUGCUCUAUCCACUGAGGCACACAGUUGUCCCAUCCUUCCACAUUGUACAUUAACCUUGAGCAUAGCCAGUUAGUUGCCAGAUACCUUGAGAACAAUGAACUGGACAUGUCAGUGAAGACUUUCCCAUUGAGGAAUGUUAGAUCUAUAGAGAUUCUCCUAGCUAGAAUGGCUCUUCUUGGCUAUAUUCAAGGAUCAUUGGUAAAAUGCCUUUUAGGCAGAGAGAGUCCUUGCUAUUGUCUAGCUCUUCUUUUGGGCUCCACUGGGAGGGCUUUUACAGUGUCCCGGGAAUGAUGUCCUCUUAUCAAAAUGAGUUGGCUAGAACGUUGUUCAGUUAUCGAUGCAUCAUGCUAUUAAAACCAGAAGCCCAUAGGUAUAGGAGAAAGGCAGAGGAAUGAAAUCUUUUCUUUUUAUGAACUUGGAUUACUGGAUGCAAAUGGGUUGUGAUCACCCUUACUCCAUCCUUUAGCAAGUAAAAUAUGUUUUUCUUACUGUAUUUGGAUUGGAAAUUCAGGUCUGUUGGCCUUUCUGUUGAUUCCUAUGUCAAGUGUAUAUAAUAGAAGGAUUAGAAGGGGAACAGGGGCAAUGGAAGUAGAGAGGGAAAUGGGGAGAAAGGGUGAAGAUAUUCUCCCCCUCUCUUUUUCUGGGAGAGAGGUAGCAAGUCUUGUACCCCUGAUUGAGGGAAUAUGUCUCCUCAGAGGAUAGUUUUGGGAGAUGGAAGACAAGAACUGGAGAGAUUAGCUUUGUUAAGAUGACCCACUGCCUCCCCUUUGGUCCCAGUUAUUGUUCUGAGGCAGGAUGAAUUCUUCUGCUUCUAGUCUCCUUAGGGACACCUGCUGUCACUUGCUUCUAGAAACCUGGGCUCACCCCACUCUCAAGGAGAGAUGUUGUUCCUCGGGUUAGGCAUUUUGGAUCACUAAGAUCCUGAGCUAACUUUCCCUUUUUGGGGAGAGAUGUGAUUCUCCCCAAAUAUUCUGUCCCCUUUUCUAGUGUCAGAAACCAGCCAGACCUAAUUCUAAAGUAGUAAAGAAUUUAUUUGGGUUAACACAGGGAAGGAGAGUUAAGGGUAUCAGGCAAGGAAAGUAGUGGAGCAGGAAACCCUAAAACUUUUCCCUUCUGGCAGACUGCCCCCUCAAGUUCUUGGGUGCUGAGAGUACCUUGAACCGUCUUCCUGUCAGCUGCUGGUUGAUCCCUAUUCCUCAGCUAACUCACUUUUCAUUCAGGAGUCCAGGAGAACUGAAUGUUCUCCUGGUCAGGUAGAAAUGUAGAAGGCGAUCUUGACAGCAUAUUUCUCUAUAGACAGCUUCCUUUCAAAUUCCCUGUCUAUUGUAUUCACAGAUGACUCUGUGCUGUUGUUGAGAGUGGGGAAGAGCUGUCCAGGAGUUCACAGGGAAAGCUGUUGAUUCCCAGAGAGAUCCAGCUUCUUCCCAGCUUGGGAGGUUUGCCUCCUUCCUCCCGCUCUCCACUGAAGAAGCACCCAUCCCCCUUCUGUUCUCUGACUGGAAUCUUGAGGGUUUUUUUUUCCAUUGCACCUCCAUUAAUUCCUCCCUUACAUGUAUUAUAACAACUUCAUAAAAGAAAUGUAAAGAGGUAGAAGAAAAGGCAGGUACUCAUGGAUAGGAUAUUGGCUUUGGAAUCAGUGUUGUCCUUUGUCUGAAUCAUACCUCCCUCAUGAGCUUUGUGGUGAUGGAAAAAGCAAUCAAUAUCUCUGCUUCUCCAAGUAUCCCUUGAGCAAAUUUGGUUAUUGCUUAAUUGGAGUAAUAAUACCAAAAGUAACCUGUAUUUUAGAUUAUCUUUGAGUUUCAAAUGAGAUAAAGCCUUCUGUAAAUCUUUGAUCAUUCUUCAAAUCCCAGGCAUGUGAUUUUACCCAGAACUCCUGCAAUACAAUGUCUAUCCUCUUCUUUUCAUAAAAUUAAUGGGAAUUAUAUUCUAUGUUUCUUACUGCUAUUCCAAGAUCAUAAGAGAGCUCUUCCUAGUGCCAUGAACUUAGAUUCAGCUAUUGGACCUCCAGGCUUCCGGGGUUUGUGGAGAAAUUAGAGAAAACUCACAAUUAUUCCAGAAGGUUAGACUCCACAUGGAAGACGUGUGGAGAUUUUGUCAUUAUCCAGAUGACUUGGAGCUUUGCUAAACUGGUCUUUGAUGGACUUACUUUUGUCUUUGGUAACUUGGAAAAAGCAAAACAAAACCGGGAGAGUCUGUAGGAGGACACCAGUGUCUCUAAAUCGAUUCCUUCAUCCCCCAAGUAUCUCAAUCUAGAUGCAUAUCAUGCAGUUCUCCUGGGCUAUAUAGAACUCCCUUCUAAGCCUAAAAAAAUUGCUAGAUGAUGUAGUUGACAGUAUAGACUCAACAAAAAACCUGAAUUCAAAUCCCACUUCAGACUUAUUUGACUGCAAACCUGGCAGGGCAAUUCACUUAAUUAUUCUUAGCCUUUGUUUAUCCAUCAAUAAAAUGGGGACAAUAAUAAUAAAAAGUUUUUAUGAAAAAUAUCUUUCUAAGUUGAUGUUAGAAUUAGUAUCAUUGUUAUUAUUAGAGGACUUGAAAGAAACCCAUGUCUGAUUCUAUAGUAAAUGUACACAUCAGCAUAGUCUUCUAUUAACAGCAUUUAUGAGAUCCUAAAUGGUCUACUAUUGUUUUGUUUCAUGGGCCUUCUGAAAAUAGGAUGUUCAGCUAUCUAUUGCCUUGAAUUUCCUUAGCAAAUGUAGUAAUAAGAUCCAAAUGCAGGGCUACUGGGGGCUUCCUUUGGGUCUAAAGUAUGAAUGGCCAGCAGAGACCCCUGGAUGAGGAAUCGAAUAUCUAAUUACUACUGAAGGCGAUGCAGACAGUUGAAGUAACCUGAGUGCUAACAUUGCUUCAUGUUUUUUGGAUUUAAUGAUCAUAAAGGAAUAGGGAUGGAGUCUGGACUUGCAAUUCCAUGGGGAGAGUGGACUCCCAGAUGAGGAAAGUCCCUGACACCUUCUCUGAAAUCACCUAGUCUUUGAAAUUGGCCCAGAACACUCAGAAGUUAAGGAUCACAUAAUACUUUCCAUUUAUUCAGUCAUUAAGCAAGUCAGCAGAGUUGCACAAAUCAUUGCAUUAGGGCUGUAGCCUUGGGCAUUGCUUUAUGCAAUCAAGCUUCAACAAGUUUUCUUUUUUUCAAAGUUGGAAGGGGGUGGUGAUGGGAUGUCACAUCCUUCCUUGGAGACCAAAGACAUGCCUCAACCCCUUUGUUUACAACCAGAUUUCCAAUCCCUCCCCCCAAAAAGAAAGGAGAGAGAGAGAUUCUUUGAAUGCUUUUAGCAGAUUUAAACUCUGAUUAAUGUAAGCCAUUCAUCAUUUAGGCAAUCCUCGGCAAAGCAAACUGAGAUCUAUGAAGAACAAGGUAAUGAUGCAAAUUAAUAUUGAAAGUGGGAGGUGAAUAAGGCGAAGAAUGUUGCGUAGAAAUACAUUAUACUCAAAGUAGGUGGGCCUAACCUUCUCCUUCUUGCUAAUGAACAAUUCUACUGCUCCACUGGGGAGACAAUAGAUUCCUUGGUAUUUAUGUUCUUUCCUUAAUAACCUCUUGAAUGGAGAAGUGAUUAUCUUUAUUUGUCUCCAUUCCCCUUUUUUCGUUUUGUUGGUUUAGGCUUAAUCUUCUCUGGAGCUUUUUGGAACAAAUGUGCUUGCCAUUUUGGGGAAAUAAAUGAUGUCAUGUCGUGAGUCAAGAAAAUGUCUUCUUAAAAAAACAUUACGUUUUCCUCUGUUUUCCCGCCACAUUCUAGCUGCCCAAUGAAUUCAGUGCUCCAUGGAUAAAAGAAGUUUUAAAUGGAAAACAUGACAGAGGCAGCAAAAUGUAGGAGAGAAGGAAUCUUUGCCCAGUCUCUGUCCUCAAGUAAGAUCAAAGUUUCUGAUGCUUGCCGCUAACCUAUCUCCCAGGAGCGUCAAAAAGAUUGCAAAAAAUUGAACAUUCUUUCAAGUGCUUCUUUGCCAGACAGCUGUAGUAGUCAUAGAACCCUGAGAAAAGUGGUACAAACAAUGGGUGUGUUAUCACAGAUGCCUCAUUGUAAAGUGCCUCUUCUUUCUUCCAGUAAUAGGAAAUUACAGGUCUUUCCACUUGCAUGCUGGGGAAAACAAAAACAAAAACAAAAAAACAAAAAAAGACGUUCUCCUUGCUCUUUCCUUCAAAUGACUGAAACUCAUGCUCAGACUUUUCAUCAUAACAGUGUAUUUUUAUAGUAACAUACCUAUCAGAUUAACGUGGGAGCAGAUUUCCAGCAUGAUCAGGGAAAGGGAAGCACCUGUUUGGGAGUAUUUUAGGAAAUAGUACGAGGGAACAUGUACAGUGUCUCUAGGUAAACAAGAUUGCUUUGGCUAGCAUCCUGCAAGGAGGUGGGUCUCAACGGUCUGCUCCAGCUAUUGCUGCUGCUACUGCUGCUUCUCAUUUUGCUGGCCAAGGGAAAGUGGCUGACCUGGCAUAUCCCUUUACUCUUGGUGCUGCAGCAGCCACUCAGCAGAUGGGUUCAGGGGCACCUUUUGGAUCCUUUACAUGGCACCCUGGCGAGAGGAAGCCGUAUCUUAUAUCUUGAAGAUCCAGCAUGGAGGUGGCUAAAGGAUGCUGUCUUUUCUUCUCCAUCUUUCUCUUUACUCCUCUCUACUGCUUCCUUUGGCCUUUUUACCCUUAAAUACCCUAUAUUAUAAAACUGGGAAACAUUAUAAGAUACUUUAAUUCUUAUUGAGUAAAGCUUAUUUGGAAGAUUCUAGAUUUAGAGCUGGAAUAUAUCACAAAGGUCAUCUAGCCCAGCUCCUUCAUAUUACAUGUGAGGAUACUGAGGCCAGGAGCUGUACAGUGGCUUAUCUAAGGUCAAUAUGGUAUUAAAGGAUAGAGUUGCCAUUUAAAUCCAGAUCAUUGGAUUCCUAAUUUAGCUUUUUUUUCACCUUCCCAUCAGCUUCAGUCUUGCUUAAUAAAAAAAAAGCUGAACUCUCUGAUUAAAUGAGUCUUCUCUUCUUGCUCCCUACCGCCCCCCCCCAAUCCCAACUAAAAUUUAUCCAUCAAUAGUAUAGAGACUGAACUUGUCAUUUCAAUGGUAUAUAGGCUUCCCAAAUGAGGAAAAUCCUUCUUCAAGUCCAGGUUGUCCCUCUCUGCAGCAUAUGUUUUCAGAGUGCUGUAUGUGUCUCAGCAGAAUUUCAACUCAGAUGACAAUCUCUUUUGCCACACACUAUUUCUUUCCUCGAUUUCUCUAUCCUUGUUUUUUCCCCACCUUUCUCCUUUUUCUCCUUAAUUGGCUUUUGCCAAGGGAGAAAAAGAAAACGAAGAAAGUUCCUUAUCUCUGUUAUCAAUAUUGAUGUUCAGAAAUUCUUGUUACUUUGUUCAUAUUCAUUCACAAAGAAGCAUUCCAGGGGUCAAAAUGACAUGCCAGUGGAGCUCUGAUGUAGUGGAAAGAUAAGUUGAACUGGCAGAAGUCUGGGUUUUAGUCCCCUCCUAGCACUAGCUAUCUGACCUUUGGCAAGUCAAUUCCAUGUGCCUUAAUUUCAUCAUCUGUAAAAUUGAGGAAAGAGUACUUGAACUCCCUACCUCAUAGGGUUAUUAUGAUGGAAGUGCUUUGUAAGCUUCUAAGCACUAUGGAUAUGCCAUGAUUGUCAUCGACUUUUGGGGCUCUUAAAAGAAUUCUAGAAUUGCUCAUUUUCACAGUGUUCUUCAUUCUCUUACCAUCAGCUGAGUUUUGGGGGCCUUUAUUUUAAAAUUCAUUGUAGCUUCCCUACAUUCCAAGGCUCUUUUCCAUUUUCCAGGUCUUUGUGGUGGGUACUUCCUCCUUUAUUUCUUCAUCUUUUCUUAAGAUAUUCUUGCCUUUUGGAGAAAGGGAAUCAUUCCUUCCCCUGCUGCCACUAUUUGAGUUUCUAUGCUGGAAGCUGAGAUGCCCUUUACACCUGCUCAAUUUUUAAGGCUUCCCAAGCUUUGGCUAUGGCUCAGUACUCCCCCUGUCAAAACCUUAAAGACUUCCCAGGCUCCAAUUCAGUGGUAGUAGCAGGUGGUGGACUGUGGACACUCUCCCACCAUCUAAGACAUUGGAGAGAAGAGAAUGACUGCUUGGCAUAGGCAUCUUCGAAAACACCAAGAGUCUUCCUCAGAACAUAUGAAAAGGGUCGCUGUUCAAGAGAGAAUUGCAAAUAUCUCCACCCACCCCCCCAUUUAAAAACACAAUUGGAAAUAAAUGGACGCAAUAACCUGAUUCAGCAGAAGAAUAUGGCCAUGCUGGCCCAACAGAUGCAACUUGCUAAUGCCAUGAUCCCUGGCGCCCCGCUGCAACCUGUGCCAAUGUUUUCUGUUGCCCCCAGCCUAGCCACCAACGCAUCAGCAGCCUUUAAUCCCUACCUGGGGCCUGUUUCCCCGGGUUUGGUCCCAGCAGACAUUUUGCCAACUGCCCCAAUGCUGGUUACCGGGAAUCCUGGAGUCCCAGUGCCUGCAGCAGCAGCUGCUGCUGCCCAGAAAUUGAUGAGGACAGACAGACUGGAGGUAUGUCGAGAAUAUCAACGGGGCAAUUGUAACCGAGGAGAAAAUGACUGCCGAUUCGCUCAUCCUGCUGACAGUGCCAUGAUUGAUACCAAUGACAACACUGUCACUGUGUGCAUGGAUUACAUUAAAGGGAGAUGCUCUCGGGAAAAGUGCAAAUAUUUCCAUCCUCCUGCCCAUCUACAAGCCAAGAUCAAGGCUGCCCAAUACCAGGUCAACCAGGCUGCGGCUGCUCAGGCAGCAGCUACUGCAGCUGCUAUGACUCAGUCGGCUGUCAAAUCACUGAAGCGACCCCUCGAGGCAACCUUUGACCUGGGAAUCCCUCAAGCUGUUCUUCCCCCAUUACCAAAGAGGCCUGCUCUUGAAAAAACCAACGGUGCCACGGCAGUCUUUAAUACUGGUAUUUUCCAAUACCAGCAGGCUCUCGCCAACAUGCAGUUACAACAGCAUACAGCCUUUCUCCCACCAGGCUCAAUCUUGUGCAUGACACCCGCUACAAGUGUUGUUCCCAUGGUGCACGGUGCUACGCCAGCCACUGUGUCCGCUGCAACAACAUCCGCCACAAGUGUACCCUUCGCUGCAACAGCCACAGCCAACCAGAUACCCAUAAUAUCUGCCGAACAUCUGACUAGCCACAAGUAUGUUACCCAGAUGUAGAAUUUUCAUCACCAAACAAUCAUACUAAAGAGAAGAGGACAGUGUGCUUGGUUAGAAUAAAGGACAAGGUCAUUAGCCAUAAUGUAUAUACUGACAAGCAACACACCCAGCCAAACCCUCAGCCAUAAAGCAUCCACCUAUUGCAUGUUAUCAAGACAAAAAGACAACAUGGAAACCCACUGCACACUGUUGCCUAGAUAUUUUGUAUAAUGAAUCGAUAUUUGUGCUGAGGUGAUCUUACUGUCUAAAAGAACAACAUUGUCUCUCUUUUCUAGCACAGAGAGAUGCAUAUGUAUUUGGGUAUGCAUCCACCUAGUUAAAUUCCUACAUACUCAUGCCAUCUUGAAAAGACAGACUAUGGUGUAACCAUGAUUCUAUCAUGUAUUGGUACGUCUGUAGACCAAGAUAUAAUUUUUUAAAAAAGUAAGUUUAUUUCUUUCAAGGUUUACAAAUAACAAAGGUGCACCUUGUAUUUAAAAUUGCCAUUAUAGAGGAAAGAGUGCAUGCACAGACAUUUUUGUUGAAGAGUAAUAUUUUUAAUGUAAAAGAUUGUAAGAGGUGGUGAGGGAGGGAUCUGACAGAGAUGAAUGUGCCAAGCAAAACCAUAGCUGUGUAUAUUUUAAAGCACAUCAUGGCUUUAAGUACCAUGUUGUUGAGGAUUCUCAUGAAGUGCCAUAGACUGUACAUCAGAGUAGAGUAUUAUUUCUUCAGUGUUAUUAUUUUCAGAGCCAUGUUUUGUUGCUUACUCGCGAAUACCGAUCAGUCAAAGGGCACCAUUCUUUUUUCGAAACCAAAGCUGUCUCAGAAAUGGCCCAUUUAACCUUCCAGUAACCAUAGGCAGCACAAAGCAAACUCUCAAAUAAACACAGAAAACUCACACAUACUGGAGAUAUAUAGAGAGAUAGAUAUAUAUAGAUAUAUAUAUAUAUAAAAUUAUUUUAAUGCAUUGUAGUGUAAUAUUUAUGCAUAUUAUACUGUAUAACAUGAUACUCAAAAAAAGGGAAAUGCCAUUUCUGAGACACGAUAACAAGAAAACAAUGUUUGAGGAACUUGUUUUGCUUCUAUUUAUAGCCUCUGUCAAAAGUCAAAAGACUAUAAAUGCUUUGCAAAAAUAGUUUCACUUUGUUUCAUUCUUCAUUAUAGUCACAUUCAAAAUAGUGACUCUAAACAGAGAGGAAGGCAGCAGCCCCAAUCAUUGGACGCAUGUUAAACCAAAAUAUGAAAAUGAUAAAGAUUUAAUUAAGUAGUAAUUGGGUGGGUUAAGUACUUGGGUGAAUUUUAUAUGUGAUUUGUUUUCCUUCUUUUAUUUCUAUUUUGUUCUGAUUAAUUGCUUAUAGCCUUAGAAAGCCUUUUACAAAAUUUUAAAAAAUAGAUGUGCAUUCAGUUUUUAAAAAAAUAGAUCCAUCCAAAGCAAUUCUUUUCCUUCCUUCCUUCCUUCCUUCCUUCCUUCCUUCCUUCCUUCCUUCCUUCCUUCCUUCCUUCCUUCCUUCCUUCCUUCCUUCCUUCCUUCCUUUCCUCCUCUUUCUUUCUUUCUUUCUUUCUUUCUUUCUUUCUUUCUUUCUUUCUUUCUUUCUUUCUUUCUUUCUUUCUUUCUCUCUUUCUUUCUUUCUUUCUUUCUUUCUUUCUUUCUUUCUUUCUUUCUUUCUUUCUUUCUUUCUUUCUUUCUCUCUUUCUCUCUUUCUCUCUUUCUCUCUUUCUCUCUUUCUCUCCUUCCUUCCUUCCUUCCUUCCUUCCUUCCUUCCUUCCUUCCUUCCUUCCUUCCUUCCUUCCUUCCUUCCUUCCUUCCUUCCUUCCUUCCUUCCUUCCUUCCUUCCUUCCUUCCUUUAUUUUUUGGAUGUUGCAGCUAGUAAAGGAUAUAUAUGUAUAUGUGCAUGUGCAUAUACAUAUAUAUUAUUUUUUGCCUGUUCAGCAAUUCUGAGCAUUGCUGAAGUGGGGCCAGGUCAUUAGUAGUAUGGUGUGGAAUGGAAGAAGAGAAGGUUCCGUUAUAGAACCUUCCAUACUUCGAUGUUUACGGCAAGUUUUUAUGCUCGAGAGAUAUGCUUUCUAGUAUAAGAAUGAUGUGUUGAUUUUACUGAUUGUACUGUACAUCUAUUAAAGCCUUAGAUUAUUACAUUACGGGUUGGACCCCAUACCAAUGUAAUUUCAAUCGUGUUAAGAAAGUAUAGGUAACUUCACAUGUUAUUGUAGUUAGAAUUUCAUUAUAGAAUAUUACUUAUUUUCUUUGUUAAAAUGUAGAUUUUAAUUUCCUACAUUUAUUAAAAUUGUUUUCAUUUUCUAUUAACAAUUGAAUACAUUUCAGUUUAUAAGAUUUUGUUUUAUUAGAUUUUACUGAUGAAUUUUUCAAAAUACAAAAAAAUUAGUUUUUUUCUUUCAUAACAUACUUAGUUUUGGAUUACAUGUAGUGUCAUAUAAGGAUUCGUAUUAUUGUUAACUAAAUGAUUUAUAUUUUACGGAUUUAAUAUUACAGUGUAAGAAUGUCAGUCAUUGUUAGUUCUUGUCUAGUUUUCAUUAAAAGAACAAAGAUCUUUUAUAUGGAUAUCUUAUAAUUAUAUAAUCAUUGCUAAGUAAGAAGUUAAGUUGUUGCUAUGGCAACAAUCCUGGCAGACAAUUGAGUAAUAUUUUGAUGAUUUAUUUUGUUUGUAAUUAGUUAUUAUAAGAAAAUCUAGAUCCUAGAUAUUAGAAUAAAAUUUAUUUUCUACUGUAUCCAUUUCAAAUGUUAAAGUAUUGUUUAAAUAUUUUUUGAAAUCCCUGAAUAUCAGGCCUUGUUAUAAUUAAGCUGCAUAAUCGAUAGAUCAAGGGACUUUUUGUUGAUAAUCCAAAUACUCAAAGUUUACGUAACAAGAAUUAUAGUGUGUGCAAACUCUUGAGGGUUGAUUAUGCUGCAGUUUAGCAUGUUGGAACGUUGAGGAAAGAAGGUUGACUUUUUGCACUUCUGUAUAUAGUCAAAAAAAAAAAAGAGAGAAACCUGUAUAAUAGUGAGAUCUUAUUUUGAAUAAAAACGUCUAUAAUUACAAGGAGUUUUGUUAAGGCUUAUAAAAAAAAUGACAGGCUGAGCAAAAUUGCUUGCAAAAAUGGCAGAGUUAGCACUCCAAACCCCUCCCAAAAACGUGGCUUUGCUUUUCGUGGACAGCUUGUAGUUUGCCAGGAUUUUUUCAGCUGGAAAGAUAUGCCAUCCUUCCAAGAUCUCAUGACUGACAACAGAUCCACUGGUCCCAAUAUGCCUGAAGAUCAUUGCCAAAAAUAGCAACCAUUAAGGUGAAAUCAUGGAUCAGAUAGUCCUUACAUUAUUCAAAACUACUGCAUGUUUAAACUAUCAAAAAUUAAUGAGAACUAUAUUAAGGAUAUAUACUAUUCAAACCAGUUUCUGACAAUUUCAGUGAUUUACUGUACACAAAACAAAAAUCUUCAAAAUGAGUAUCAACUCACAAAAAGUUAAAAAUCAUGAACAGGCAAACCAAACAGCACACCGUAGCUAUCGUUGUUAUGUGAUUUUUUUUUAUUGCUAUUAGUGAAUUGUUCUUUUAGCAGAUGAAAACAAACUCAAAUUUUACAGUUAGAAUUUACAAAAUCAGAAGCACUCAAAAUUGCAUUGUUUAUCAUGUAAUUCAAGAGUCAUGAACCAAGUGAUAUUUGGCUUUGUUUUUAUCGGUAUUAUCCAACAGUCACACCAAUCAGGUGAUGACGAUGUUGCACUUAUUUGCAAACCUGCAACUUUCAUCUGCUGAAAGGACAGACAUGCUUGAUUUUACUAUUAUGUAAUCACGGAAUUACUUUUGCUUGUAGUCGCUUUGAAUUAUGUAUUCUGUCCUUGGCUGCAAUUUGUUUUUAUGCUUAUUUUAUUAUUAUUGCAAUAGUUGACUUUGCUGUAUGGAAAAAUAAAGUAAAAAAUUGCCCUAAUAAAACUUCUCUUUCUUAAUUAUA